AUGCAUUUUUAUGGGUAUGUUAACUCACAGACUCUAUUACAUGAGUUUGUGACACAAUAUGAAAAAGCAGUAACUCAUCGUCGCUUAAGUGAAGUCCAUGAAGAUUUUAAGAGUCUUAAUAUAAAGUCUGUCAUGCUCAUUGGACAUCCAAUUGAGGUCCAAGCUAGAGAAAUAUAUACAUGCAAUAUGUUUGAUGUGUUCAAAACUAAAUUCAUAGGAUUUGGUACAGAGUUUUGUGAAGAAUUGAGAAAAGAUGGGGACAUUGUUGAAUACAAGAUCUGUAAUUUUACAAAUAGAGGAAAACAGGAGGUGGUUACUUAUGAACAAUCCAGUCAAAUACAGUUCUGUUGCACUUGUGCUUUGUUUGAAACUAAUAGUGAUGUAUAUAGACAUAUAUUGUCACUAAUGAUGGCUAGGCAAAUGGAUUCAUUACCCGACCAUUACAUCCUCUAUCAUUGGACUAUACAUGCUCGGCAUCGUAACAUUAGGGUUGGUAACAUUGUAUUUGGAAGAAACAUCACAAGUUGUGAAGAGAAGAUUAAUUUAUUGAAAUCUUGGGCUUUAAGAGUAAAAUUCAAUAAUGCAGUCGAGCUUGCAUUUGAUUCAGAAGAGAAGAUGCAAAAACUAGAUGAUGUGCUAACAAAUUUUAUAGAAUCACUUGAAGAAGAGGUUGGACAAAUUCAAGAUCAAAUGGUGGAUAUUCCUCAGAUUUCCGCAUCCAAUUCACAUAGAAUGGAGCACAUUCCUCAGAUUAUAGUUCGUGAUCCUGAUAAACCUGCAAGGACUAAAGGUCAUCCACACAAUGCUACUAGAAUCCAGUCAGGUUUAGAACAAGCACAAGAAAAGAAAGAAAGAAAGAAAUGUAUAUGUAGCAAAUGUGGUGAACUUGGGCAUUAUAGAACUAGCUGUAAAGUCAACUUGCCAAGGUACAAUUAA